UCCACAGGUCUGUCAUGUACAUGUGCAGUGUGACGUGGGAUGCACAUGCUUUCUCAGAGCCUUCCUUCUAACAAUAGCAAAUACAAGGGCUUAUGCUCAUGGCUUUGCCCUUUAAAUAAAGUGAAGAUUCCUUCCCCCAAGAGGAGUUUGCUGGAGUUGACUGUAAGUUUUGGGGUCUCAACAGGAAAAUGAUUAGAAAACUAGGAGUUAGCUGUGAAUCAGCAGUUACUUGUGUAUAUAUUCCAAGAUUGGUGAUGUAUAUAUAAUUAAUAUAUGUCCACCUUAGAGGCCCACAUACAUCUGAUUCAGGACUUCUCCUCCUUCCACACGCUUGUCCUGCUAUUUAUUGGCUCCCAUCCACCUUGUCGUGCCUUCAACGUAAGAUCUGAGGACUCCCAUGAUACAAAUAUUUGAAUAUAGCUGUUGUUUCAUCAUCAGUAAGUUCUUGUGUCAAGAACAGAUAGAUCUGCUUAUGUUAUAAGCUUAAGAGAAUGUAGAAACCAGCAUCUUGGUUUCAGUUGACAGAUUUGUUCAUAUGGAUCAGUUCAUAUGGAUCAGUUAGGACUCGAAUCUAAGAUCUUUGUAGUUCAGAAGUGUGAUGUAACGAUGUCUAAGGAAGAUCAAGUCUUGACAGCAGUUCUGAAGAAGAGUAAGGCCACCCAAGAUGAGGAAGAUGGAGGAUUUCCUCCUGCAUUGAAGCCAAUUGUUCAUAUGGAUCAAUCUAAGAUCUUUGUAGUUCAAUGUGAUGUAAAGAUGUCCGAGGAGAAUCAAAUCUUGACAGCGGCAUCGAAAAAGAGGAAGGUGACCCAAGAUGAGGAAGAUGGAGGAUUUCCUCCUUGUUUGAAGCCAAUUGUUACUGCUCAUCCUCCUUGCAAGUCUAGAUUAUUGUUGUCUACUGUGGAAUCAAAGGAAUCUGAUGGAGUGGUUGAUUUGGAUAUCAGUGGUACUUCCUUUGGGGAGGAGGACAAUGAUGGAUGCGAGACACCCAAGUCAGAGAAGCAUCAAAUACCUAAACUUCUGACAUGCCCUCCUGCCCCAAGAAAACCCAGAUCAACAGCAAAGAGAAAGACUGGAGAAUUUUUCUAUGUCAGUCCUGAUGAACUCAAUUUGCUCUUCAAUCUGCUGCAGGCCAAAAAAUCUCAGGUCAGGUGAAAGUCUAGGCAGAAUUCUAGAUUUUGUGGCCUAAGAAUUUUCUGGUUUUUCUCUUUCUUUCCUUCUCUUUUUUCUUCUACAAAAGUAUAUAUAAGAUAUAUUACCCGGCCAUAGAGCUGUUGAGCAAUAAAGUAUGGGAUUUUUGUAACAUAUAGUGGAGAGAAAUUGUCUGUAAAGUUCAGAAAUUGUUUUCCAAAUAUAUUUCUAGUUAAAGAA